CUCGCGCCUCCUAAACUGGCCGUCGGGUGUCAGAGACCGUGCGUGGUUUAGGGUUUAGAGGAUUCUCCGAAAGCAUUCGAUUUCUCCUAUUGACAGGUAGGUUCUCGAACCACUGAUCGAAAUCUACUUUUUCUGUUCUCCUGUGUCCAUUCUUUCGGUCGUAACUUCGCGUUUUCAUCUUCCGGGUUUAGAGGAUUUUGAAUUGUUCACAAUGUCAAUGCGUUCGAUUUCAUGUUUGCAAUGAUUCGGCUAAUAUUUUGGUGUUUAUAUUAUGCUAGUCGUCAAUUUUUACCCUUCUUUCGUCGUUUGGAACUUUCGAUUCAUUCCGGGGAGAUUUUUUUGUGCCGCAUUGAUCGAAAUCUCAGACUCGCUGCUAAUUGUUCAUCAAGUUCAAUUUAGGGUUUAGGGUAAAGCAGCAUUGCAUUCACAGGAAGAAGGCUAAAGAAUGGCAGAUAGCAAGGAUCAAGCCCUCAGGGCAAAAGAGAUCGCCGAGAAGAAAUUGGCCGAAAACGAUCUCAUCGGCGCCAAGAAAUUUGCCCUGGAGGCCCAAACUCUCUUCCCGGCUCUCGAAGGCCUGGUUCAGUUGACUGCGACUCUCGACGUUUGCAUUGCGUCUCAGAGCAAGGUUGACGGGGAGAAGGAUUGGCACGCCAUUCUCCGCGUGAACUCCGGAGCAGACGAAGACACAGUGAGGAAACAAUACAGAAAGCUGGCUCUCCUGCUUCAUCCCGACAAGAACAAAUCUGCCGCUGCUGAAGAUGCUUUCAAGCUGAUUUCACAGGCAUGGAGUGUGUUAUCUGAUAAGUCCAGGAGAACACUUGAGGACUCGCAGGAAGCUUCCCAACCAAACAACAAAAGAGCUGCUGCUCCUGGCGAUGCCAAUGGAUCUUCCAAAUUCUCCAAGAGAAGCAAAGAGCCACCUGCAAGUGCAACAUUUUGGACGUCGUGUGAUAGAGUCAACCAAACUUGCAUUGUUUCCAAUGGGGGCCUUCUUCUUCUAGAACUGAAGGAGCUGCAAGUGCAAAUGUGGUAGAGAAGGCGAAGAGGCACGGGCAGCGGCUAGAAAGGAAGAAUGAUGUUCUAAAGAGAAAAGCUAGUGCAUCCUGACAACGACCACACAGAGGUUUGAAUUUUGAUUUCUGCUGCAACAAAUGAGGAGUAAAUGGGAAUUCUGUAAAUGGGAAACAAAGUAAGCAGUUGAGGGAGUUUUGCCAUUUUGAUACCAAAAGAGUGGAAAUCUGCUGCCUUGAAAGGAAACGCUAAAAAGAAACAAGGACUGAGUGAAGCUGGCAAAUAAAAAAACAGCUUAUUAGUGAGAAGAGAUUGUCAUUGAUGAUGUAAAAGCUUCACAUGAUGUUCUGUUUGAUUUUCUGAAUGGUCUUUUGUGAGAGCAAACUA